AUGGAUCGUUUACACUCUGAUCCGAGUUUGCUGGUAUGCCCCAUUUUUACGAGCGAACGCUACCACGCCUCUCGCGCACCCUUCGUUUCAGCCACCAUCACAGAAGAACAGGCUGCCGAGUCUCUAUGCUUAGUUUGGGUUGCCACCAACAAUGACCUUUGCACCCAGUGGCAACAACAGCUGACGGAAGACGCUCGUCUUCGUGCCGAACAAGAACUCGCAGCCGAAGCGGAAGUGACUCGCCUCCGUCAAGUCUGCCAGUUAGAGGAAGAGACAGCUCGCGCUGACAAGCAAAAGAAGAAUAGAUUCAAACAUACCAAUAUUCUGAUGCGUCCUCGGCCAGACACCAACGAGGAAGAAGCUUUCGUUUCUGAAUUCGCCUUAAGGAAAAUUGACAAGGGACACUUUGUAGAGCUCUACUAUUGGACCAACACCAGCUUGGAGGAAGCCCUCUUUUCCUACAGCACCAAAGACGACGAGGGACUCAUUCCUUCAGAGCAGGACGGGACUACAGUUUGGAUCAGCGCAGCGGCAUCCAAACCUUCCAAGCACGUGGUCCCUGACCGUUUCCUCUCCCCCAUUGACUUCACUCAAGCCAUUCCUCGUAUCGUGGCCGCUCUCGAGGAACGUGAUUGGCCCAAUCAACGUGUCUUAAUGCUCGCAAGGUUCUGGGCAGCCAUCAUGACACAUCGUUACUGGAAUUCCAAUGAUCAGAUAGCUCAACGGGCUUUAAUGAUUUAUCAAGAGGAACAGCGGAGGGCUUGGCACAUUGCUGUCGCGCUAGGCAAUGGAGCCUGGGACCUCUCCAUCAUCAGUGACACUGUGCUGGGUCGUCUUUUUGACCGUGUCCUCCGUGAAUCUCGUCAUCGAGAUCACAAAUCUCAGUCGGUCACGAGGCGGACAUUCUGA